AUGCCAGAAUCCUCCAAGUCAAAAGACGCAGCCCAUCGGCCCAAGCCCAAGUCCAUCAAAUCCAAAGAACCAUUCUACUCUGUGUCACCAUUGUGGGAAGAUGUCACGCCACUGCCGCUGAUUGAUGGUCCACCGGGCCAGAAGGAUCCAGGCCCUGCUCUCGCUACCAUUGCGUAUUCACCCCGGUACGCUGAAGCCAUGUCUUAUCUCCGGGCGGUCAUGGCAACAAACGAGUUCAGCAGGAGGACUUUGGACUUGACAGAGGAUAUCAUUAGCAUGAAUCCAUCACACUACACGGUCUGGCUCUACCGAGCUAAGAUUCUCAAGAUGCUCUGGGAAGCGGAGGAUACCUCUACGGACGACGGGGUCAAGGCCGAGCUGGAAUGGCUGGAAGGCAUCAGUGAGCGGAAUUUGAAAAACUACCAGAUCUGGCACCAUCGGCAGCUAAUGGUUUCGCUGAUCACACAACUCCCUCCUGGCGAGACCGAGUUCCUCGCUCACAUCCUAUCCUUCGACAGCAAGAACUACCACGUCUGGACAUACAGACAGUGGCUGUGUCGUCAGUUCCCAGAUUCUUUACUUACGACAGACUUGGAGCUAGCCGCAAUCGACGCCAUGAUCAACGAGGACAUCAGAAACAACUCGGCCUGGAACCACCGCUACUUUGUCUGCUUUGGCGCGGAAGAGCUUCAAGCCAUCGAGAAGGGAGGUGGGAACAGAAAAGAAGUGCUCGCGCAGGGGAGACUGGUGGUCGACGAGGAGGUCGUCGAGCGCGAGAUCAACUACGCCAAAGACCGUAUCGCUUGGGCCCCUCAGAACCCCAGCCCCUGGAAUUAUCUCAAGGGUGUGUUGAAACGGGCGGGGAUUCCCAUCACUGAUAUGCAGGUGUUUUGUGAAGGCUUCGUCGGCGGUAAAAACGCAGAUCUUCUCGGUGAGGAUGUCAGGAGCAGCCAUGCUAUCGACUGGCUUGCGGAUAUGUACCGGCUCGAUGGUAACAAAGAUAGAAGCAAGCUGUGUCUGGAUGCGUUGGGCAAGAAAUGGGAUCCCAUUAGGAGGAAGUAUUGGGAGUAUCGUGUCGAGCAAUUGAACGCAGCAAAUCUUGCCGAAGGGCAUGCCGAGGCGUCAUGA